AUGGCCCUCAUCGUCGACAAGCACAGGCCCCGGUCAAUCGAAGCCUUGAGCUAUCAUCAUGAGUUGUCGGAGAGACUCCAAUCGCUGGCGCAAAGCGGUGACUUUCCCCAUCUUCUUGUGUACGGCCCCUCGGGUGCCGGCAAGAAGACCAGGGUAGUUGCAACGUUGAAGGAGCUGUAUGGUCCCGGGGUGGAGAAGAUCAAGGUCGACGCUCGCGUGUUCCAGACGACGAGUAAUCGGAAGCUCGAGUUCAAUAUCGUCGCCUCCGUCUAUCAUCUCGAAAUCACGCCGUCCGACGUGGGAAACUAUGACAGGGUAGUGGUACAAGACCUGCUGAAGGAAGUCGCGCAGACGCAGCAGGUCGAUCAGUCUGCCAAGCAGCGGUUCAAGGUGGUCGUGAUCAACGAGGCGGAUCAGCUCACGCGAGACGCGCAGGCCGCGCUGCGCCGGACCAUGGAGAAGUACUCGCCCAACUUGCGGCUGAUCCUUUUGGCAAACUCGACAUCCAACAUCAUCGCGCCCAUCCGCUCGAGAACACUGCUGGUCAGAGUCGCGGCGCCGACGCACGAAGAGAUCUGCGACGUGCUGGCGCAAUCGGCCAGAAAGGAGAACUGGGAGGUUCUUAAGGGCCUGCAUGAGCGAAUUGCGGUCGAGAGCGGAAGGAAUCUGCGGAGGGCGCUUCUCAUGUACGAGGCCGUCCAUGCACAAAACGACAAGGUGACCGAGAACACAGCCAUCCCGCCUGCGGACUGGGAGGCUCUCAUCGGGCAGAUAGCAAAGGAAAUCAUGGAGGAGCACACCCCGGCGAGGAUCCUGCAGACCCUGACAUUCAAGCUGCUUGCCAUGAUUGACGAUGGAUUGAAGGGUGAGGUGGUUCAAUGGUCCGCCUUCUACGAGCACCGAAUCAGGACGGGAACCAAGGUGAUUUUUCAUCUCGAGGCAUUUGUGGCCAAGUUCAUGCGGAUAUUCGAGAUGUACCUGAUGAGCAUGGAUAUGUAA